CGCGUGCUGGAGCUGUCUGAAAGCUCUGGCGGGAGACAACACUGCUUGCAUUGUCUGUCAGUUUAAGAAACGGGUUUCGCGAAAUAAGAUUUGUUUUACGUCUAUAUGUUAAUUUAGGUCAUGUUUUGAAUUCUUUUUCCUUUUAAUUUGGGAGGAGAGACAAACUAUACUUGUCUUUUCUCCUGCUUUAACAGUAUAAUCUACAGUAUUGGACUAAUAGCUCGCAAGCUAAGAAGUGAAGCCAAGCCUUCUAACGUUAAGAGUUUUACUUGAAACAUCUGCUGAGUAUUUGAAUUUGCUCUCGGUUUAUCGGCCUCGCAUUGUUUUGGGGGUAAAGUGUGUCAAUCUCCUUGUUACUACAGUAACGUUAGAGCUAUGGCAAAAGUGCAAGUGCUAAAUGUAGCUGUCCUGGACAACCCGAGUCCAUUUGGAAACCCGUUUCAAUUCGAAAUAACGUUUGAGUGCAUGGAGGAUCUUCCCGAGGAUCUUGAAUGGAAGAUAAUUUACGUGGGCUCAGCAGAAAGUGAAGAGUAUGAUCAGACUCUUGACUCCGUCCUGGUUGGUCCAGUUCCUGCAGGCCGACAUAUGUUUGUGUUUCAGGCGGAUGCUCCAAACCCUGCCCUAAUACCUGAGAGUGAUGCUGUGGGUGUUACUGUUGCUCUGAUCACAUGCACAUACAGAGGACAGGAGUUCAUACGCAUUGGCUACUAUGUUAACAAUGAGUACACAGACACUGAGCUUCGUGAGAAUCCGCCCCUCAAACCUGACUAUGGACAGCUCCAGAGGAACAUUCUGGCUUCCAACCCACGAGUAACCAGAUUUCACAUCAACUGGGAGGGAUGUGCUGAUAAAAUGGAGGAUUCAGAGAACGUGGACCCUGCACCCAACGCCAUGCUGCCCCCAUCCUGCACUCCGGGAAAAGCACCUCCACUCGGACUAGUGCCAGACAACUCCAUGGACUGUUUGUAGUGACGCAGGCUCCUGUGAAUAAUCCUCACAUCUCAAGGCUCAUCCGUGAGCUCAGGUCAAUCUGGACACUGUGGAGGAGAGGCGGGAUUAUUCAAACACAUCAGAAAUAAAAAUUACUCUAAUUUUCUUACAGUCGUCACACCUAUGCGAAACAAAUCAGUGGUGUGCAGAAUAUGCCAAAUCCUCCUGUAUGCAAUAAACAUGUUUGCUUUUCAGUUCGAAACAUGAAUGGAGAGCUGGUGAGUCAUGAGUCUAAGACAUGAUUUAGGUAUUAGCAUGUGCUGCAUCUAAUGACAUCAACCUUUUGAUCCAAAACCGAUCCUUUCCCAAACCGCAAGGGGAUGGAAGAUCAGCUCGGCAGAUAAGAUGUCAAAUGCAUUAUUCAUUUAACAGACGCCAUCAGAAAUACUUGUGUAAAAGGUUGCAGCGGGCAAUAUUUUUGUAGGUGGGACUGUAUUAUAUUGUGUAUAUAUAUCUAUAUAUAUGUCUUUUUUUUUUUUUUGUAUGCCAGUUCUCAAUUAAAUAAAUGUUUUGUUACGUGAUAAUGGUCAUUGAAGUUGUUUUACUUUGAUUUGCGCUGUGCACAGAGUGGAUGCAGCUGUGCAGCCUUUUCAUUCAUAAAAAAGCUGUUGUGUUGCAUUAUGCAGGAGUUCACAGUGUCUGGAGUGACACAAGCCGCUUGCUUGUUGUUGCUUGGCAACAUGGACUAUUGCAGCAUCUGUGACAAGACCUCAAAGUAGCGUCUUCUUUUUUUUUUUUUUUUUUUAAAUCGGUGUUUAAUUAGCAUCAGUGUCACAUUGUGGGUUUUGCUCCUCUUUAUGUUAUCGCACGGCAUUAUUAAUGCAUUUGCGGUUGCUAUGCACAGUAAAGCAUGCGACCUGCUCAUACAUGUGCAUCACAAAACUGCGUUGGUUAGGGCUCCUUUUCCGUGUCCUGCGCGAU